UUCUUUUUGGUGUGCGCUUAUGGUCAUGUGACUCAGAACAGAAAAAAAACACUGUCAGGCCGUUAGGUAGUCACUCAAUAAUAUAGGCGUAACACUUGUAUAUUUUAAUUAUUGAUGUGCUAUUAGGUAUCAUAAAGGCAGCUAUGUUGUUAGUUUUAUCUGACGAGCAUAAGGAGCAUUUGGGCUUCUUACCUGAGGUGGACUCUUCGGUUGUUGGGGAGUUUGGCAGAAUAGCGGUGGAGUUUUUGAAGAAGGGAUCAAACCCCAAAAUUUAUGAGGGAGCAGCGAGAAAGCUGAAUGUACCAUCAGAGACUGUUCAGCAUGGAGUUGAGGGAUUGAUGUAUCUUCUUACUGAAAGUUCAAAGCUUAUGAUCUCUGAUGUGGAUUUUCAGGACUCUGUGUUGGUGUUGGGGUUUUCUGAGGAACUUAAUAAACUCCUGCUACAGCUAUAUUUAGAAAACAGGAAAGAGAUACGGCAGAUUCUAGGCGAGCUUGCUCCCUCUUUGCCUCACUAUCACAACCUUGAAUGGCGGCUUGACGUACAGUUGGCUAGCAGGGCUCUUAGACAACAAGUGAAACCUACAGUUACUCUGAAGCUCCACCUGGAGAGUGGAGGGACACAGACUGCCCGUCUUUUGCAGACAGACCCUGCCACACUGCUGCAUCUCAUUCAGGAGCUGGAGCGUGCUCUUGCUGAAGUCAAGAGCAACCACUGUCGCCGAAUCCUCCGCAAUAUAAAAUAAUACUGCGUAGUGGCACUGUACAGUGUGCCCACUAGAUGGCCCAGAAUGUCAUCUAAGUCAAUGUUCCCCAGUCAAGGUCCUGGAUAGGGCUGAAAGGUUUGGGGAAAUACCGAAUUGCAAUUUUUCUGAUCAGUAAUGCUAUUACAAUUUAAAUGCGGUUAUUUUCUACGAAUUAAGCUCCAGGCAUUUUUUUGCACAAAGAAGACCAGCAUAUUUAUUUUUCUGGACUUGGGGCUCGAACGCUGCAUGUAGUGUGCCAGACCGCCAUUUCUGCAUUAUUAGGUUGUUUCCCCACCUAAAACUUUUAAAGACAGUGCUGAAUAAUGUAGGAUAUAGAUAAAAUUGUAGCUGCUGAAAAUUGCUCCUACAAAUCAGAAUUUCAGUAUAAAAACAAUUGAUUGUUAAUUCUCUGUAAUGCAGCGCUACUCCAGGGGCUUUACUGGAAAUUAUGAACUCUUGUGUUAACUCCACAGUGCUGCACUGAAUACCAACAAAUUCUUAGGUUUUCUAUUAAAGACUUUAUGAUUGAUGUUUUGUUGAGUCAUCACUACAAUGGGGUGGUCAGCAAAAAACAUAACACACUAACUCAACAGUUAUCUUAUUUACUAACACAGUGAACCAUGUUAAAGGUGAAUCAUUUCCAUGUUUUAAUUUGUGCCUUAUGUUGGCUUGUUUUAUGUAGUCAUUACAGACUCAUGCUACUGCUUAUUGUAGCACUUUUGUCAACAUUUUCCUUUCAGAAUAUUUUUUGUAUUUUGGGAUCAGUUCAUAAGUAAGGGCCUGUGGUGCUCAUGUGAACUUAAAACAAUUCAUUUGAAAUAAGAUGGAGAACAUUUAACAUUGUGGGGAAUUUUCUUUCUCUCUACGGCUUUUUUAAUCAGUGCAUAUCUUGUCUUUGCAUACACUGUAGUAUUAAGUCCAUUAUCAAGAACAAAAUGCUGUUCUCAUUGUGUUUUAUAAAUAAUUUAAUGAUGUUAUUUGUAGUA